UAUAGAAUCAGACGAAGCCGAGUUUAACUUCUGUCUCUCUCUGGUUUUCUGGCAAUCCGUUCUCUAUGAGUCAACAGCAUUGAGGACGUGCCAAUUGGGCUAACUCCCCAGUCUUUAUUAGUAUCAAAGAUUGCCCCUCACCUGGACUACUAUAUCAACUUUACAAAUUUCCAUCAAAUUCUCAAAACAACUGAAAAGACAAAGACGGAGAUCAUGGCCUCUGACGAAGUUCCUACCAACCUCAAGGACGUCUCCUCGGCACCGGACGGUACAGCCGGGGCCCGGACCGGACUUGAUAGCUCUCUCGCCGGGCUGUCACUGGCAUCCCGCGCUGUUCAUGCCGAUGAGGGUAUCCAGUCACACAGAGCCGUUGCGCCGGCUAUGCAUGUCAGCACGACUUUCAGGUACAGCGAUGACCCUGAUGCGCUGAAGGCCUGGGAUAAUACUGAUCCCCAUAACCCUCUAGACUCUCAUGUCUACUCUCGAGCAACUGGUCCUAACACCACUCGUCUCGAGGCAAUUCUCACAUCCGUCAUUGGUGCUCCAACGAUUACUUACUCUUCUGGUCUGUCUGCUUUCCACGCCAUGUUGGUCCAUCUGAACCCUAAGCGUAUUGCAAUUGGAGAUGGCUACCACGGCUGCCACGGGGUGAUCAGCAUUCUCUCUCGUCUGACAGGUCUCAAGCAACUGCCUUUGGACUGUGCUGUUGAGGACCUCGAGCCUGGCGAUGUCAUCCACGUCGAGACGCCCCUUAACCCUACUGGCGAGGCACGCGAUCUUGCAGCAUAUGCAGAAAAGGCCAAGAAAGCUGGUGCUUACCUGACUGUUGAUGCGACAUUUGCACCACCUCCGCUGCAGGAUCCUUUCAAGUAUGAUGUUGAUGUUGUCAUGCAUAGCGGUACAAAGUACUUUGGUGGUCACUCUGAUAUGCUCUGCGGUACGCUAUCUGUCAACCGCAAGCACAGAGACUGGGAGAGCGCUCUCCUCAACGAUCGCCUUCUUCUUGGUUCUGUUAUGGGUAGCUUGGAGGGGUGGCUGGGUAUCCGCUCCCUGCGAACUCUCGAGCUCCGCGUCCAGCGCCAGAGUGCUACAGCUACUGCACUUGUUGCCUGGUUGGCUGAGCAGCAGCGCGAUCCUUCAUCUGCGAUUGGCGCCCUCGUCGAGCGUGUCCAGCAUGCCAGUCUCCAGCCCGAAGCAUCAGUCGAGGGUAGCUGGUUGCAGAAGCAGAUGCCCAAUGGCUAUGGCCCUGUUUUCUCAGUGUAUCUUCGCGAUGGAGAUGUCGCCAAGCGACUGCCAUCCAAGUUGGAGUUGUUCCACCAUGCCACUAGCUUGGGUGGUGUUGAGAGUUUGAUUGAGUGGCGUGCGAUGACUGAUCCUAAGAUUGAUAAGAGACUUUUACGAGUGAGCAUCGGUGUCGAAGGUCUUGAAGAUCUCAAGAACGAUUUGCUCCAAGGUCUGGAGGCUUUGAGAAAGGAAAAGGAAAAGGGGGGCAGUAAAUGAAGGUGAUAAAGAAUUAGAACAGACAGUCAUUUUUUUGAUAGAGAAGGAAGGAAAAACAGAAACGUUUUGUUUAUAGAGAAAAUGAAAAAUGCAUCAUGGAAAUGAAUAUCCCUACAA